AUGGGAGAUUCAAAGGUUGAAACAAUUUCACGAUUAGCUCAAUGGAAAAUCGACAACUUUGGACCUUGUUCUUACAAGAAAUCCGACCCUUUCAAACUCGGAAUUUGGAACUGGUGUUUGUCUAUAGAGAGAAAUAGGUAUUUGUAUAUUCAUCUGUUUCCUGAACCUUCGCGUGUUUCUAAAGAACAGCCUCCUAUUGCUCGCUUCAUUCUUCGAGUUUCGAGUACUGCUUCCUCUUCCUCCUCCUCUCGGAGAUUUUAUAUUUCUCCUGUUCAUGAAAGGGUGCUUAGAACAUGUGAUGACUUUGUCUGGCCUGUAGAUACUACAUUCCUUGGUCGAUUGAUUAUUGAUGUUGAAUUUCUUGACCUGAAGAUCUAUCCUCUGAAUAGUCAGGGUGGAGAAACCAGUUCUAUAUGGCCAUCUGACGGAAAACUGCAAUCUGUUGCAACUCAAAAUACUCUCCGAUGUCUCUCUCGCAUGCUUGACGAAGCUAUACAUGCUGAUCUCACCAUUAUAACUUCAGACGGUACACUAAAGGCUCAUAAGGCAGUUAUGACCGCAACUUCUCCUGUGUUCGAAGCCUCAUAUCAUGACAGCGACAAUGAGAAAGAGUCAUCUACAAUCCACAUAGAAAACAUGUCUCAAGAAUCCUGCACAGCCCUUCUGAGUUACAUGUACGGAACAAUAAAACCUGAAGACUUCUGGAAGCACAGGCUUGCAUUGCUUGGAGCAGCCAAGAAAUAUGAAAUCAGUGAUUUGAAAGAUGCGUGCGAGGAAAGCCUACUCGAAGAUCUUAACUCGGGAAAUGUUCUGGAAAGACUAAACGAGGCUUGGAUGUACCAGCUGCACAAGUUGAAGAAAGGAUGUUUUGCGUUCCUAUUUGAUUUUGGUAAGAUAUAUGAUGUUAGAGAUGAAAUAAAUACGUUUUUUCGCCAUGCAGAAAGGGAGCUAAUGUUGGAGAUGUUUCAAGAAGUACUUACAAUUUGGAAAUAG